CGCACAAUGCCACCACAACCACACCCACUGCGGAGGAUAUCCACCGGCUCGUUGUCAGGCCUCGCACGGUCACAGGCCGACGCGACAGAGUCACCCUCGGGCCUCGACUUUCUCGCGCCGGCACUCGCAGACGUCGCGGACGAGGCCGCAACGCUGGCCACCAACAUCCAGCGCAUGAACAUGCUGCACGACGCGCUGGGUACAUUCAAUGAGGGCUUCGCGGCGUACCUGUACGCGUUGAAGAUUAACGCGUUCUGCAUCGAGUGGCCAGAGGCGCCGGUCCCAGCAUCCUGGGAGAGGCUGCCCGAGUUAACAGCUCCUCCUCCAAAAGAGCCAGAACCAGAGCCCGUGCACGAAUCACAACAGAAGGCCCGGGUUCCGCCCACGCCCGAGUCCAAGUCGUCGUACCGCGACCCAGACAUGACGUACGCGACUCAGUUCGACUCGCCGCCUCCUCGGGCGACUGCUCGGGGCAAGCCGAGCGCAGUGGUCGGGAGGAAGCCUCCAGCACCGGCCGUGGCUGCCAAGAAGAUCUCACUAGCAGCGAAGAAGAAGCGAGACCUCGAGAUUGCGCAGAUCAUCGACACGCAGCUGCCGCUCGAAUACCGUGGCUCAGAUCCUAACGCACGAUACGCCAUGGAGAAGGUCAUUGACAAGCUCAUGGGCGAGACUCAGGGCCUUGCAAUCACACAAAUCGAAGCGCCUCCAGAGCUCCAGCGCGUCCGUGUCAACAAGUGUCUGAUCUCGCUUAUCGCCAAGAAGCUGGUCACCAAGACAAACGAGGGGGGAAGAAACAUCUACCGCUGGGUCGGACAAUGAGUCAUGGACCGCUGUUGUAUUAUAAUCAAUCCAAGAUGCCCAUUCUAGAUGCCCAUCCUGGACAGCGAUGCCGUGAGGGACAGCUCGACGUCGUCGAGUUCCUGCCGUCAGCCCCACCUACACCCACCACCCACCUUGUUCUCCUGGUCGAGCAGGCGUUGCCGCAUGGCGCACCACGCGUCCCACGUGAGGUCCUCGAAGCUCUGGCGGCCAGAGCAGACAUCUGUUUCGCCAUACCUCC